AUGAAAGAGUCACUAACUUCAUCCAAUAUCCUUAAUAUUUGUCAUCAAAUUGAAAAUUCUAUGACUAAACGUUGGAAAGCACCUUUAAUGGAGGCUUACAUUGCUUUUUACUUAGAUCCUCGAUUCAAAAGUAUGUCCUUUGACAAAGAAAAAAAAAAAGAAGUUCAAGAAAUGAUUGCAGAAAUGAUAAAAACAAAUACUAUUGAUACCCCAGAACAAACUGAAAUAGAUCAAUUUUUCGAUGGUGAUAAUCAAUCUGAUUAUCCAUUAGAUAAUGAAUUAGAACGACAUGGGAAUAUCAAAUCAGGCCUACCGGGCAGAAAGGGCAGAAACGGUAUUUCUGCCAGAAAAAUGCAGAAUAGUCUAAAAGGGCAUAACGAUAGUGGGUGA